AUGGAUGACCUAAUAAUAACAGAUGAAGAACCCCAGAUGAACAUUGAGUUGCAGAAGAUAUUGGAUAUGGCAUGCAAGGAGGAUGGCAUGGAAGAAAUUUCAGAAUGCAUUCCUCCUCUUAACACUUUUGAUGGAAGUCAACCAACGAUUGAUGAGCCUGAUAAAAUGCUCUCUUUGUUGGCGAAAUGUUUUGAAAGUCGAGAAGACCUCAUCGGGAAAGUUCGUAAGAUAGCAUUAAUGCAAGGGUUUGCAACCGUUAUUAGAAGAUCUAAGACAAAUACAUAUGUUGCUAUUGGUUGUGAUAGAGGUGGGGAUUAUCGAGCCUCUAAAACUUCACUAGAUGAAAGAAAAAAAAACUCAGGAUCUCGCCUCAUAAAUUGUCCAUUUGAAGUCAAAGGGCGUAAAAAGAAAUGUGAAGAAUUUUGGAAGCUAGAGAUAAAAAGUUUAUUGCAUAACCAUGAACUUUCAAAUGACAUGUGUGGACAUCCUUCUUGUCGUCAAUUUUCACAAGAGGAAAUCUUACGAAUUAAAGAAAUGAGUAAGGUUGGUAUACCACCACGCCAAAUUCUAUCUUCGCUUCGGCAAGGCAAUCCUCAUCUUCAAGUAGUUUCUCGAAACAUCUAUAAUCUAAGAGCUAAGAUUGUGAAGGAGAGUCUAGCUGGGCGUCCAGUUAUUCAAGCAUUAUUAGAAGAACUUGGUGAAGGUGGUUUCACUUAUAACAUUGAGUAUGAUCAUGAAGGCCACUUGACUCAUUUGAUCUUUGCUCAACCCUUGUCUAUAGAGUUGACCAAGAGCUACCCAUAUGUUUUUGUGAUGGAUUGCACAUAUAAGACCAACAAGUAUAAGAUGCCAUUAUUGGAUAUCAUAGGAGUUACAAGUUUCAACACAUCCUUUUAUUCUUGUUUUGUUUUCAUGCAAAAUGAGAAAGAAGAGGAUUAUGUGUGGGCUCUAAAAAUGUUUAGUAAGAUUUUGGGAGUUGAUAAUCAUCCUAUGGUGAUUAUAACGGAUAGGGAGUUGGCAUUAAUGAAUGCUAUACGCAUUGUCUUUCCGAGUACUUCCAAUCUUUUGUGCGUGUGGCAUAUUGAGAAAAAUAUACUUGCAAAUUGUAAAGCUCAUUUUGAGGAAGAAGUUGAUUGGAUUGAUUUCAUUUCUACUUGGACAAUUUUAAAUCCAAUCUCCUAA